GACUACAUAUAUUACUUCCUCACAACAAGCAUGGCCUGGUUGAUGUUUCUGUGCUUGGUUUGCUCACUUAUCUCCACGCAAGCCACACGCUCUACAAUUCCAGCUGUCUCCUGCAAGGACAACCAGCACUGUUCCGACUGUGACGGAAAAGGGAAUUGUCUGGAGUGUACACUUGGGUAUUUCGGUCGGAGAUGCAACGCUUCAUGUAGUGAGAACUGUCUUAACAAGAAAUGCACAGAAUCAGGAAAUGGCGAUGUUAACUGUACUGACGGAUGUUCCACGGGACACCAAGGCUUGAGCUGCAACACACCAUGUUACAGACAAUGGGGUAGCUGUACAGCAUGUCCAGGUGGUUGUGAUGGAGGAUAUUGUCAGCUGGGGUCAUCCUGUGUGUCUGGAUGCAUAGACUCCUACUACGGGUCUGACUGUCAGUCGUGUUCCAAACUAUGCAAGACCUGCAACAGAUCGACAGGGGGAUGCAUUGAAUGCCAUCCGCCAUUUGAGGGGCAGAACUGUGGAUGUGAAAACUGCACUGGAUUUGGCGAAGAUUGUAAGGAGGGAGGCUGUAAGAAUGACCUACAAGGUAAUGGUGGUCAGACUAGGACUGUACUGGCUGGGCUGUUGGUGUCACUACCACUACUUGUGUCCGGCAUCUUGGUGACAAUUUGCCUGCUGUACUACAGGCGUUUGGCCAAACAAAGGGAGCAGGUUGAACAGAGGGAACAGAUGCAUCAAGAUGAGGUGGCCUAUCUGGAGUAUUUACCGUCAGUGCAGGGCGAUAUCACCACUACUAACCGACAUUCCGAUCACGCCUAUUAUGAUGUUGAGGAUGGUGAGAUUGGUCCCACCAUUGUUUUCCUCUGACAAUGUAUUAUUGCCAUCUAUGAUACUCACAGUUUGAUAAGGAUCGCCACUGUAAAACGUUAGCUUCAAAGUGUUAGCUUCAAAUGAAGUGAGACGAUUCUGUCACGAUUCAUCAACAGGACUGUGUCCAGCACCACGGGCACAUCGUCCUCAUAACAACGUGCGCCUGCUAUCACACCGGUUAAUUGUGUAUCGGGAUUUAACCUAAAUCUGUAUACCCCUUUUUAUGCCUUCAAAAUGUGAUCCUUAGCGAAAAAGUAGUAUACGUACAACUGAAUCAAGAUUUCAAAUUCUGGCGCAACAGUUUUGAAUAAAACACUGAGUUCUAUGAUGAUACAGUAUAUGAUACUAUAUAGUGGCAUAGCUGCAUUGCUGCCAGUUGCCAGAAGUAUUUGUGUGUCUUUCGUAUUACGAAGCUUUGCGACGGCUGUCG